UUCGGGCCCUUCAGACGACACUGCAUCACUCAUCGGCAUGAUUGUGUCAAUGACAUUACUAAAUGGUCCCUGGAAUACUUCCAGAAACCACUGUCUGUAAACACAAUCCGCCGUGCCAUCUGCAAAUGCCAACUAAAGCUACAGUUGGUUGAUUUGAAACCUAAUUUCUAAUCAUAUGAAGGGUAUACACUGAUAUCUGUGUGUUUUUGUCCUGUUUGUCAGGAGGAAGCAGGUGUUGAUGACAGUGUUUCUCGGGCUCAUUUGUGUUGUUCUGCUGGUCUUCAUCAUACUGCAGCACAUCUCCAACACAGCAGAGAGAGAAUAUCUGUUCAAGAGUUACCAGAACACAGUUGAAGAGUUCAAUCAGACCAUCAACAGCUUACAGGACAAUUACACUGAACUAAUGACUGAAAAAGACCAACUGAAGAACAGCUUCAACUCUCUGAGUCAGAAGAAACUGGAGCUGGAGACCAGAGCCAAUGAUCUUACAGCUGAGAAAAAACAGUUACAGAAAAGUGUUGACUCUUUCAAUCAAAAGAAAUUGCAGAUAGAAAGCAAAGGAAAUGGCAGGUUUUUCACAUCCAAUGUUUUGAUGAGCUGGUCUGACAGCAGGAAGUACUGCAGGGAUCAAGGUGCUGAUCUGGUCAUAAUCAACACUGAAGAGAAGCAGAGGUGCAUAUCUUCAUUUGUCAAAGAGAGAGUGUGGAUUGGUUUGUCUGACAUUGAGAACGAGGGCAGAAUGAAAUGGGUGGAUAAUUCAACACUGAAAAAAGGGUUUUGGGAAAGAAAUGAGCCGAAUGACGCUGGUAGAAAUGAGGACUGUAUUGAACUGAAUCCCGUAAAACCCGUCCUGAGCAACUGGAAUGACAUCCCAUGCUCAGUGAUAAGAAAAUGGGUUUGUGAGAAUUAACAUCUGCUCCUUCAUCUUCAUGAUAGCUUUGACUCAUAUCUUCCAGCUUCAUUAGUUCAUUAGUAGUUCAUUUAAUAAAUAACUAACUUUAGGAUUUCAUUUUUUAAUCUUUUUUUAUAUAAUUUUCAAAACAAAGAGUAGCUAUUAAGAUGUAAUUUGUUAGAAGAAAAGUAUUUUUUUUCUAACUGCAAUAAUAAAUGACAAAAUUCUGUUUCUCAUAUUUUUCUUAGUAGUAGACAAUCACAAUAAAUGACACAAGUCUAAAGCUUCCCUGAUUCACACUGUUAUUCUAAUACAGGAUUACUGUGAAACUGCUUUUCAGUUCAGUUGGUUCCCUUUAAAUUAACCCUCUGGAGUCUGAGGCUGAUUUGGGGCCUGGAGAAGUUUUGACAUGCCCUGACAUUUGUGCUUUUUUCAGUUGUUCAUAAACAUAUUAAUGGAAAAAGUGUC